GACCCAUAUAGCCAAACGGGAAAGCGACGAGUUGAGCUUUGCCGUCCACGUUGGACAGUGCUUUACCAACUCGCGUGCUUGGCAGUCGUGUUCUCCGUUCUUCUUGCAGCUGUGUGGAGCCAACUCUUGGAAGGUGCCAGUGCUCUAGCUCUAUAGCUAAAUAGGACCUACACCCUCCUCCAGUGCGAUCCCGAAGGAUAACCGAAGUGCUGCGACAUUUGUUAGUGCGGUGGGAAUAGUGUGCUCAAAUCAUCCAAUCUAAUAACAAUGGCUUCCUCGUUGAAUGUUGUGUCGCCAAAUGUGCACUACAGUGACAAAUAUAUCGAAGUGGAUUACCAGUAUCAAACGACAUCUGUGCUCAGCGAUGGACCAUCAGGAUACACUGUACGCCCAGAAACCACAGAACUGAGCAUCCGAACGGAACGCCAGGUACCCCGUUUGGGUCUGAUGCUCGUUGGGUGGGGCGGAAACAAUGGAUCCACCAUCACAGCUGCUCUGGAAGCGAACAAGCGAGCCUUGGAAUGGAGAACCCGCACCGGAGUGCAGAAAGCCAACUGGUUCGGUUCAAUCACUCAGGCAUCCACCGUCCUGCUGGGAACGGACGCCAACGGACAGGAUGUGCACAUUCCGAUGAACAAGUUGGUACCAAUGGUCAACCCGGACGACAUCGUCGUUGAUGGGUGGGAUAUCAGCUCGAUGAACAUUGGUGAGGCCAUGAUACGGGCCGGCGUAUUGGAGGUCGGUUUACAGGAUCAGGUGCACAAGAAGUUGUCGCUUAUGAAACCAAGGCCGUCGAUAUACGAUCCGGACUUCAUAGCAGCCAAUCAAGCCGAUCGGGCCGACAACACCAUCCCCGGAACCCGCUACGAACAGUACCAGCAGAUCGUGAAGGAUAUUCGCGAGUUCAAGCGAACAUCUGGCGUCGAUAAGGUGGUGGUGCUAUGGACGGCCAACACGGAGCGAUUUGCCGAUGUCAAGAAGGGAUUGAACACCACCAUGGCCGAGUUGGAGAAGUCACUGAAGGAUAAUGAAUCGGAAAUCUCGCCGUCGACCAUUUUCGCAAUGGCCGCCAUAACUGAGGGUUGCAUCUACAUCAACGGAUCACCCCAGAACACGUUUGUACCUGGCGUUGUUGAGCUAGCUGAACAUCAUGGUGCAUUCAUCGCUGGCGAUGAUUUCAAGUCCGGUCAGACCAAAUUGAAGUCCGUGCUGGUCGAUUUCCUGGUUUCGGCCGGUAUCAAGCCUGUUUCGAUUGUGAGUUACAACCAUCUGGGAAACAACGAUGGAAAAAAUCUUUCCGCCCCACAACAGUUCCGUUCGAAGGAGAUAUCGAAGAGUAACGUGGUUGACGACAUGGUUGCUUCCAACAACAUCCUCUACAAGCCUGAUGAACACCCAGAUCACUGUGUCGUCAUCAAGUACGUGCCCUAUGUCGGUGACAGUAAGCGCGCCAUGGACGAAUACACCAGCCAGAUCAUGCUCGGAGGACACAACACCUUGAUCAUCCACAACACCUGCGAAGAUUCCCUGCUGGCGUCGCCGUUAAUACUGGAUCUGGCCAUCUUGGGUGAGCUCUGUUCGCGAAUUCAGAUCAAGAGGAAGGACGAAACCAAUGCCGAAUACGUUCCCUUCCGGUCGGUCCUAUCGCUGCUUAGUUACCUGUGCAAGGCACCGCUCGUCCCCGAAGGAACCCCUGUGGUCAACUCACUGUUCCGACAGCGCACUGCCAUCGAGAACAUCCUGCGAGCUUGCGUUGGACUGCCUCCGCUGAGCCACAUGUCGUUGGAGCAUCGGUUUAAAGUUGGAGUCUCCUCCACGGAGCCACCAAUGAAGAAAGGUAAAAUUUCCAACGAAGCCGUGACCAAGAACGUCGCCAACGGCGUUCACACAAAUGGAACCUGUACCAACGGAAACGGUGUUCAUGACAUUGCCGACUAUUAGAACUUACGAGCUCCAACGAACGGCGUAUGGGUCAAGUUUAAUUUGAUCUGAGUGCAGCAAUUGUUUCGGACGUAGGUUACUCGUAAUUCGGAUAGUAUAUUCCCAACCAAAACAGCAACACAUGUAUGUAAUUCUAAACCCGUCCGUUCCAACACUUGGUGGUGCCCCAAAUAAUCUCGAAUCGUACAAUCGUGAUGAACAUUCAUGGAAACGCUUAUCUAUUCUCUUCAAUUGCAAGAAAUAGUUGUAGGUUUCGAUAUUCCGCCAAAGGAACGGAAAA